UCUUUAUCUUCCACUCACAAAAAAUGACAAGAAAUAAAAAGAAAAAAGAGACAAUGUUUCAUAUUUUGUCUUCUACUCACCGCAACUCUAUUGAUGACCUAAUGAGUAAUGACUAAAGACUCUUUCUACAUAGUUCCAAUUCUGGUUAUUUUUGAAACGGAGGAAGAAAUUAUAUAUAUAAAUGAGGCAUACAUAGUUGAAGGUUGUUCGUUAUGCUGAUUGAUUAUCAUGCACAUGGUGCAAGUGGAUGAUAUAAGUAGAAAUGGGUUUCAUAGUGUUGUUUUUGCUAUUGGCUACACUAUGUUCUUCAGAGCUUGAAAAUAAUUCACAAGAGGAAGCCCUAUAUGCAUUGAAGUUAUCAUUGAAUGCUUCAAAAAAUCAGCUUACUAACUGGAAUAGAGACCAAGUUAGCCCGUGCACUUGGUCUAAUGUUUACUGUGACCCAAGUGGCAAUAUUUAUCAAGUUUCACUAGCAUUUAUGGGAUUUACAGGAUACUUGACACCAAGAAUAGGAGCAUUAAAAGGUCUUCAAACUCUUGUUCUAAAUGGGAAUGGCAUCACUGGAGGUAUACCAAAAGAAUUAGGAAACCUUACAAGAUUAGUCAGAUUGGAUCUGCAAAACAACAGAUUAACCGGUGAAAUACCCUCUUCCCUUGGUAACCUUAAAAAGCUUCAGUUCUUAACAUUGAGUCAAAACAACCUCAACGGAUCUAUUCCUGAAUCAUUAGCCAAUCUUCCAAGCCUGAUCAAUGUUCUUCUAGAUUCAAAUGAUCUCAGUGGUCAGAUUCCAGAAGGCUUAUUCAAUGUUUCUAAAUACAAUUUCACUGGAAAUAAGUUGAACUGUGGCAUGAAUUAUCGUAAACUUUGUGCAUAUGAUAUUGCAGACCAAGGUUACUCGAAAACUGCGAAAACUGGCAUCAUUGUUGGAAUAGUUUUAGGUUUGGUUGUUAUUAUUUGUCUUGGUGGUCUACUGUUCUUCUGGCGCAAGAGCUACAAGCGUGAUGUUUACGUAGAUGUUGCAGGUGAAGUUGAUGGGCGAAUUGCAUUUGGUCAGCUGAAAAGAUUUGCUUGGAGAGAACUGCAAAUAGCUACAGACAACUUUAGUGAGAGAAAUGUUUUAGGACAGGGAGGCUUUGGGAAGGUUUAUAAAGGUGUUCUACCCGAUGGCACAAAAAUUGCUGUUAAAAGGUUAACCGAUUAUGAAAGUCCCGGUGGAGAUGCUGCUUUCCAGCGUGAAGUUGAGAUGAUAAGUGUAGCUGUCCAUAGGAACUUGUUACGGCUGAUUGGGUUCUGUACGACUCCAACGGAGCGCCUAUUAGUCUAUCCCUUCAUGCAGAACCUAAGUGUUGCCUAUCGUCUUCGAGAACUUAAACCUGGGGAGGCUGUUUUGGAUUGGCCUACGAGAAAAAAAGUGGCUCUGGGAACAGCCCGAGGCCUAGAAUAUCUUCAUGAGCAAUGCAAUCCUAAGAUUAUCCAUCGGGAUGUGAAGGCAGCUAAUGUAUUACUGGAUGGAGACUUCGAGGCAGUUGUAGGAGACUUCGGUUUAGCAAAGUUAGUUGACGUUCGAAGGACUAAUGUGACAACUCAAGUUCGUGGGACCAUGGGCCACAUAGCUCCUGAAUACUUGUCCACUGGAAAAUCUUCAGAAAAGACUGAUGUCUUCGGAUAUGGAAUAAUGCUUCUAGAGCUUGUUACAGGUCAACGCGCAAUUGACUUUUCACGUUUGGAAGAGGAAGACGAUGUGCUGUUGCUUGACCAUGUUAAGAAACUUGAACGGGAGAAAAGACUAGAUGCUAUUGUUGAUCGCAAUCUGAAACAAAAUUACAAAAUAGAAGAAGUUGAAAUGAUUGUUCAAGUUGCAUUACUCUGCACACAAGCAUCACCAGAGGACCGACCAGCAAUGUCGGAGGUCGUGAGAAUGUUGGACGGAGAAGGACUGGCCGAAAGGUGGGAGGAAUGGCAACACGUAGAGGUCAACCGGAGGCAGGAUUACGAGAGACUGCAAAGAAGAUUGGGGUGGGGAGAAGAUUCAAUAAAUAACCAAGAUGCCAUUGAGUUGUCUGGUGGAAGAUGAUACGAUCAAUGAGGUCAUCAGUGUCUUUGUAGAACAAAAAAUUUCUGUUAUUAGAGUAUCCAAAUUACAAUCACACGUCAUAAAAUGUUGACAGCUGUGGUUGAAAAACAUGAGCCAAACCCAAAAAAUUUGGGGGCCAAACAAUGUAGUCUGUUUUAGUGAAUUACAGAAAUUCUUCCAUGUAAUUCCUUAAAGUAGUACAUGUGCAUAGAGCAAACCCUUGUGAGAAUGCAUGAGACUUUUCAACCAAAGCUAUGAACAUGACAUUUUGGAUCUUUC